CCUGCCCGUGCGGCCCGAUCCCCGGCGCCGCCAAGCCCCUGCCCGUCGGUCGCUCGCUCGCCCGCUCCCGGGGCGGCGACCCGGGAAAGAUGGCGAACGACUCUCCCGCGAAGAGCCUGGUGGACAUCGACCUGUCGUCCCUGCGGGACCCUGCCGGGAUUUUUGAACUGGUGGAAGUGGUUGGAAAUGGCACCUAUGGACAAGUCUAUAAGGGUCGACAUGUUAAAACGGGUCAGCUGGCCGCCAUCAAGGUUAUGGAUGUCACCGAGGAUGAAGAGGAAGAAAUCAAACUGGAGAUAAAUAUGCUGAAGAAGUACUCUCAUCAUAGAAACAUUGCCACAUACUACGGUGCUUUCAUUAAGAAGAGUCCCCCCGGGCACGAUGACCAGCUCUGGCUUGUUAUGGAGUUUUGUGGGGCUGGGUCCAUCACUGACCUUGUGAAGAACACCAAAGGGAACACUCUCAAAGAAGACUGGAUUGCUUACAUCUCCAGGGAAAUCCUCCGGGGAUUGGCACAUCUCCAUAUUCACCAUGUCAUCCAUCGAGAUAUCAAGGGCCAGAAUGUGCUGCUGACUGAGAAUGCCGAGGUGAAACUUGUUGAUUUUGGUGUAAGCGCUCAGCUGGACAGGACGGUUGGACGGAGAAAUACGUUCAUAGGCACACCCUACUGGAUGGCUCCGGAGGUCAUCGCCUGUGAUGAGAACCCAGACGCCACAUACGACUACAGAAGUGACCUCUGGUCUUGUGGCAUCACGGCCAUUGAGAUGGCAGAAGGGGCCCCCCCUCUCUGUGACAUGCAUCCAAUGAGAGCGCUGUUCCUCAUCCCCAGAAACCCUCCCCCCAGGCUGAAGUCAAAAAAAUGGUCAAAGAAAUUCUUCAGCUUUAUAGAAGGCUGCCUGGUGAAGAAUUACAUGCAGCGGCCCUCUACAGAGCAGCUUUUAAAACACCCUUUCAUAAGGGAUCAGCCCAAUGAAAGGCAGGUUCGAAUCCAGCUCAAGGAUCACAUAGACCGGACCAGAAAGAAGAGAGGCGAGAAAGAUGAGACGGAGUACGAGUACAGUGGGAGCGAGGAGGAGGAGGAGGAAGUGCCUGAGCAGGAGGGAGAGCCAAGUUCCAUCGUCAAUGUGCCUGGAGAGUCAACUCUGCGACGUGAUUUCCUGAGACUGCAGCAGGAGAACAAGGAGCGGUCUGAGGCUCUGCGGAGACAGCAGCUUCUGCAGGAGCAACAGCUCCGGGAGCAGGAGGAGUAUAAGAGGCAGCUGCUGGCUGAGAGGCAGAAGCGGAUUGAACAGCAGAAAGAGCAGAGGAGGCGGCUGGAAGAGCAACAAAGAAGAGAGCGUGAAGCCAGGAGGCAGCAGGAGCGAGAGCAGCGGCGGCGGGAACAAGAGGAGAAGAGGCGUCUCGAGGAGCUGGAGCGGCGGCGGAAAGAGGAGGAAGAGAGGAGACGGGCAGAAGAGGAGAAGAGGCGAGUGGAGAGGGAGCAGGAGUACAUCAGGCGGCAGCUCGAGGAGGAGCAGCGGCACCUGGAGAUCCUGCAGCAGCAGCUGCUCCAGGAGCAGGCCAUGCUACUGGAGUGCCGAUGGCGGGAGCUGGAGGAGCACCGGCACGCAGAGAGGCUCCAGAGGCAGUUGCAACAAGAACAAGCAUAUCUCCUGUCUCUACAGCACGACCACAGGAGGCCGCACGCACAGCAGCCGCAGCCGCCCCCGCCCCCGCAGCAGGACAGGAGCAAACCAAGCUAUCAUGCUCCAGAGCCCAAGCCUCACUACGACCCUGCUGACAGAGCUCGGGAGGUGGAAGAUAGAUUUAGAAAGACUAACCACAGCUCCCCUGAGGCCCAGGCUAAGCAGACAGGCAGAGGACUGGAGCCGCCCGUGCCUUCCCGCUCAGAAUCUUUUUCCAAUGGCAACUCCGAGUCUGUGCACCCUGCCCUGCAGAGACCAGCGGAGCCACAGGUACAGUGGUCCCACCUGGCAUCUCUCAAGAACAAUGUCUCCCCUGUCUCGAGAUCCCAUUCCUUCAGUGACCCUUCUCCCAAAUUCGCACACCACCAUCUCCGCUCUCAGGACCCAUGUCCACCUUCCCGCAGUGAGGGGCUCAGUCAGAGCUCUGACUCUAAGUCGGAGGUACCCGAGCCCACUCAAAAGGCUUGGUCUAGAUCAGACAGUGACGAGGUGCCUCCAAGGGUUCCCGUGAGAACGACCUCCCGUUCCCCUGUCCUAUCCCGCCGGGAUUCCCCACUGCAGGGCAGUGGACAGCAAACUAGCCAAGCAGGACAGAGGAAUUCCACCAGCAGUAUUGAGCCCCGGCUGCUGUGGGAGAGAGUGGAGAAGCUGGUCCCCAGGCCAGGCAGUGGCAGCUCUUCAGGGUCCAGCAACUCAGGAUCCCAGCCUGGCUCCCAUCCUGGCUCCCAGAGUGGCUCUGGUGAACGCUUCAGAGUGAGAUCAUCAUCCAAGUCUGAAGGCUCUCCAUCGCAGCGCCUGGAAAAUGCAGCCAAAAAGCCCGAAGAUAAGAAAGAAGUAUUUCGACCUCUCAAGCCUGCUGGAGACGUGGACUUGACGGCAUUGGCCAAAGAACUUCGAGCAGUGGAAGAUGUGCGGCCACCUCACAAAGUGACAGACUACUCCUCCUCCAGUGAGGAGUCUGGGACCACAGAUGAGGAGGAGGAGGACGUAGAGCAGGAGGGAGCUGAUGAUUCCACCUCGGGACCAGAGGACACCAGAGCAGCGUCAUCUCUGAAUCUGAGCAAUGGUGAAACAGAAUCUGUGAAAACAAUGAUCGUUCAUGAUGACGUAGAAAGUGAGCCAGCCAUGACCCCGUCCAAGGAGGGCACCCUCAUCGUCCGCCAGAGUACAGUUGACCAAAAGCGCGGCAGCCAUCAUGAAAGCAAUGGCUUUGCGGGCCGCGUUCACCUCUUGCCAGAUCUCUUACAGCAGAGCCACUCCUCCUCCACCUCCUCCACCUCCUCCUCCCCAUCCUCCAGCCAGCCGACACCCACCAUGUCCCCACAGACACCCCAGGACAAGCUCGCUGCUAACGAGACUCAGUCCGCUAGUAGCACACUCCAGAAACACAAAUCUUCCUCCUCCUUUACACCUUUUAUAGACCCCAGGUUACUACAGAUUUCUCCAUCUAGCGGAACGACAGUUACUUCCGUGGUGGGAUUUUCCUGUGAUGGGCUGAGGCCAGAAGCCAUAAGGCAAGAUCCUACUCGGAAAGGCUCAGUGGUCAAUGUGAACCCCACGAACACUAGGCCACAGAGUGAUACCCCCGAGAUUCGUAAAUACAAGAAGAGAUUUAACUCAGAGAUCCUGUGUGCUGCCUUAUGGGGAGUGAACCUGCUAGUCGGCACAGAGAGUGGUCUGAUGCUCUUGGACAGAAGUGGCCAAGGGAAAGUGUACCCUCUGAUCAGCAGGAGACGGUUCCAGCAGAUGGAUGUGCUCGAGGGCCUGAAUGUCCUGGUGACGAUAUCUGGCAAAAAGGAUAAGUUACGUGUCUACUAUUUAUCCUGGUUAAGAAAUAAGAUUCUUCAUAAUGAUCCAGAGGUUGAGAAGAAGCAAGGGUGGACCACUGUGGGCGACCUGGAAGGGUGCGUGCACUAUAAAGUCGUAAAAUAUGAAAGAAUCAAGUUUCUGGUAAUUGCUUUGAAGAGUUCUGUGGAAGUCUAUGCAUGGGCACCGAAGCCAUAUCACAAAUUUAUGGCCUUUAAGUCAUUUGGAGAACUGCUACAUAAGCCAUUACUGGUGGAUCUCACUGUCGAGGAAGGCCAGAGGUUGAAAGUGAUCUAUGGAUCCUGUGCAGGGUUCCAUGCUGUUGAUGUGGAUUCAGGCUCGGUCUAUGACAUUUAUCUACCAACACACGUAAGAAAGAACCCACACUCUAUGAUUCAGUGUAGCAUCAAACCCCAUGCAAUCAUUAUCCUCCCCAACACGGAUGGAAUGGAGCUUCUGGUGUGCUACGAAGAUGAGGGGGUUUACGUAAAUACAUAUGGAAGGAUCACCAAGGACGUUGUUCUGCAGUGGGGAGAGAUGCCGACAUCUGUAGCAUAUAUCCGGUCGAAUCAGACAAUGGGCUGGGGAGAGAAGGCAAUAGAGAUACGAUCUGUGGAAACUGGUCACUUGGAUGGUGUAUUUAUGCACAAAAGGGCUCAGAGACUAAAGUUCCUGUGUGAACGCAAUGACAAGGUGUUCUUUGCCUCUGUGCGCUCUGGUGGCAGCAGCCAGGUCUAUUUCAUGACCUUGGGCAGGACUUCUCUUCUGAGCUGGUAGAGGCAGUGUGGUCUGGGAUCACUGCCCUCUGGAGCUGGCAAGACCCCGAGAACUUGGAAUUCCUUGCAACUGGAGCUCGGAGCAGCCGGUGCAGCCAGGACAGCUGUCUAUGCAGGCCUCUUGCGUGUCGCGCCGGGUCGGGUCCUCUCCCUCCCUCCUACACUGUUUCUAGUUUAUUCCCAUUCUCUCCUUUUCCUUUCUCAAAAAUAAAUCAAGGCUGCAUUGCAGCUGGUGCUGUCUAGACUCUACCAUCGGUGCUAGGAGUGCUUGGGGAUGAACGUCAGACCAGGAAGAGCGCCUGUCCCACAGCGUCAGGAUUCCUCGUCGCCGUCUGAGCGACUGUCCUGUGGGUGUCUGAAGGUUGUGAUGAGCGCACCGUCGGACGUUGGCAGUGGGCACACAGAGGUGAAAAGGUGGUGUGAGAAGCAGCUUGCUGAAGCAGAGAACAGAUUUAAUAUAGUAACAUUAACAAUGUAUUUAAUUGACAUUUCUCUUUUUGUAAUGUGACAGUAUGUGGACAAAGAAGAAGGUGCAGGUUUAAGAAGUUAAUAUUUAUAAAAUGUGAAAGACACAGUAACUAGGAUACCUUUUUUGUGGGUGGGGCUUAGGGUGGGGUGGGGUGGGUCAAAGGCUCCCAUUUUGUUUCUUUGAAAGUUUUUUGAGGGGCUUAUCCUGGCCAAGAACUCAGUCAUUUUUCUGUGUACCAAGUUUUGCCUAAAUUGUGCAGAUGGUUCUUAAGAAAGAAAAGGAAAAGAAAAAUUUGCGUCUUGUUGGAGGACAGAAGUUUGUUGUGUGACAGUAUUAGCCCGGCCUCGGCUACAGGUUUAAAGUCUGUGAGGCCGAACGUGCAGCCCCGCCAUGGCCUGCACACGCUGUAGGAGAAGGUCAGCUUCCGGUUCUCUUCCCGUUUGUUUUGUUUUUUGCCUACCUCAUUGUUCUUAAUGCAUUGAGAGGUGACUUAGUUUAUGGUUUUGGCAGAAAACAUUAAUGUUUAAUUUAACCUUAAUACCAAAACUAUCUGAUUAAAGUUUGACUGACUUUGUCACAAGUCUAAUCAGGUACAAAAAAAGACAAAAAACAAACAAACUUGUCUGUGACAGCAGGGAGUAGCCUCGUGGCUUCCAGCGCGCAGACUGCUCUGUUCUCUCCAGGGUCACCAUCAGAGGGUGACGGGGCAGCCAUCACCUGUGACACACAAGAGAUAUCAUUGUUCUCCGUGGGGUUUGGAAGCAGGCAGGGGUCACCACGCUGGGGUCACAUAGACUGUUCAUGUUGCAGGAACCUUUUCUUGGGAGUGAGGGUGUGUCCCUUUUCUAUAAAUGCAAUGCACUAAAACUUCUAAGAAUGUAGUUACGUCUACUUCUCCAUGGACAGCGCCCCUGCCUGUGCUUCAGGUGUAAGAUCGACGAUGCUCUGGCUUUCUCGUUUUCUCACGUGCUCUCUUGUUCUCUCUUUCUCUCUCUCUCUCUCUCUCUCUCUCUCUAAACUAAUUUUUCUUUAUGAUAUGUCUGUGACAUUUGUAAUAAAUGUCUUGUAAUAAUUUGCA